AUGCAUGGUCAAAGUAUUCCUCUUGAUUGGCAAUCAUCCAUGAAUAUAUCUUCUCCUGGUUUUCAGUUCUCACCUGUCAAUUAUCAAGCACUCUUUUUGUCUCAAAUCAAUACAAAAUCAUUAUUUUCUUGUGCACAAACAUGUCAUUCAAAUGGCAAUUGUCGCAUAUUUGAUUUUAAUGAUCAAUCACUUUUAUGUCGUCUUUUUCAAGGUAAUAUAAUAACUAUGGGUUCAAUUAUACCUUCUUCAUCUCCGCAAUCUCGUGUUGGGUCAAGAAAAUACAAUGCAGAACAGUUUAUUAAUCAUGGUCAAUCAUGUCCAUUGUGUGAAGGAAGUCGAUAUAUGAGAUGUAUUAAUAAUACAUGUCAAUGUGAAAUAAAUACAUAUUUUGAUGGAUCAAUAUGUCAAAGCCAAAAACUACUUGGAGGUGUAUGUAUGAAUAGUACAGAAUGUCGAUAUGAUCUUAAUUAUACAUGUUUACCACGUCAACAAUGUGGUCCAUCAACGUUUCAAAUUGGUGUUCUCGUUGGUGGUUAUGGUAAUGGCACGGCAGGAAAUAGUCUGAAUGCUUUGAAUAGUCCAGUAGGACUGUAUGUGAGUAUUAAUGAAACAAUUUAUGUUGGUGAUCUAAUGAAUGCCCGAGUGAUCAAGUUACAUCAAGGAUCUUUAGUUGGCAGUAUAGUAGCUGGCACAGGAAUAUCCGGUACUAGCAAUACUCAACUGGGUGCAGUAUCGGGAAUAUAUGUUGAUGCAUCACAUAAUAUUUAUGCUAGUGAUUCUUUAUAUAAUCGUGUCAUGUUGUGGUCAAAAAAUGCAACUUCUGGCAGUCUGGUAGCAGGAACUAGUAGUGUCAGUGGAAAUACGGCAAGCACUUUAAAUGGUCCAUCUGGGGUAGUUGUUGAUUCAUUAGGAAAUCUUUAUGUGAGUGAUUAUUAUAAUCAUCGUGUGAUGAAAUGGGCAUCGAAUGCUAGCAACGGCUCUUAUGCCGCUGGUAAUGGUACUGCCGGUAAUAGCCCUCAGCAGCUUAAUUUACCUGUUGGUAUUUAUCUUGAUGAAUUUAACUCUUAUCUGUAUGUCGCUGACUCGAAUAACCAUAGAAUCCAGCGUUUUCAAUUAGGUAUUUCAAUGAAUGGUACAACAGUUGCUGGUGGAAAUGGUCAAGGAUCUGCUAGCAAUCAAUUAGAUACACCCUUUGGUGUAUAUGUUUCAAACAAGACAGGAGCGCUCUACAUUGCUGAUUAUAACAACCAUCGAAUACAACAAUGGAAUCUUGGAGCUACAUAUGGAGAAACAUUAGCAGGCGUGACUGCUAAUAGUGGCACUAGUUUGAUGCUAUUAAAUAAUCCAUCCAAUACAUUUUUGAAUCAUAACGAAACUUAUCUUCACACGAAUAUUGAUCAAAAUCAGUCUAGUAAUAUGAAUGAUGAUACUGUUCAAUCUUCAUUAUCGAAACAAAAUAAUCCUGGAUAUAAAAUGCAUCGUUUAAAACAUAAUAUUUCUAAACGACGAAAUAGUGCUCCAAUUUCAUUAAAUCAUCGACGAACUUCUAUCAAUAAAAUUCUACCUCGUAAUGGUGAAAGUUUAAUUCAUGUUGCACCACAUGAUCAUCGUUUAACAUCAGAAAAAAAUAAAAUUAAUAAACAACGUAAUAUCAUAACAAUUAAUGUUAGUGGUAAUCGUUAUCAAACACAUUUAUCUACACUUGAAAAUUAUCCUAAUACAUUAUUGGGUAAUAAACGAAAACGAAAAUAUUAUUGGAAUGAAGAAAAAAAUGAAUAUUUUUUUGAUCGUCAUCGUGAUUGUUUUGAAGCCAUACUUUAUUAUUAUCAAUCGAAUGGACGUUUACGAAGACCAGAUUAUGUUCCAUUAGAUACAUUUUUAGAAGAAGUUUCAUUUUUUGAUUUAGGUCAACAUGCAAUUUCACAAAUAAAUAAAUUAGAAAACGUAUCUAUCGUUAAAUAUAUUGAUUUACCAAAUUUAGCAUGGCGUCGAUAUAUUUGGUUUUAUUUAGAAUAUCCUCAACAUUCAUUAGUUGCUAAAAUUCUUUAUUUUCUUUCAAUGUUAUUAACUAUUUUAUCAUCUAUUGAAUUAGCUGUUGAAAGUUUACCAUCCUAUGAUGAUAAAUGGAAUAGUCGAUGUGCAAAAGAAGAAAAUACAACAAUAUUAACAACUGAACAUCCAAUAUGUUAUGCAAUAUUUUCUUCACCAUUUUUUAUUAUUCAAACAAUAUGUGUAUCUUAUUUUACAAUUGAAUUUCUUUUACGUUUAAUUAGUACACCAUCCUAUUAUAAAUUUGUCAUAUCAAUUGUUAAUUGGAUUGAUUUAGGUGCAAUUGUACCAUAUUAUAUAUUUAUAGGACUUGUAUUAGCUGGGAAAGAAACAGAUUUAAAUGGUAAUAGUUUUGCUGGUUUACGAAUCUUUCGAAUAUUAAGAUUUUUACGUAUAUUUAAAAUCUAUUUAAUAUUUCGACAAUUAAAAUCUUUACGUGUACUUAGUACAACAUUAAAAGAAUCAUUUGUUGAUUUUAUUAUUAUGAUUGUUAUAUUAACUACAAUGGGAUUUUUAUUUGGAGCUGCGACGUAUUAUGUUGAACAAGAUGUCAACGGUUUAGUCUUUGAUUCAAUUCCAAAAGCAACUUAUUGGGGAAUACAAACUAUUACAACAGUUGGAUAUGGUGAUAUGUAUCCUAUAACGGCAACUGGACGAGUAUUUGGUUGUGCAUGUGCUUUUUUUGGUGUUGCUACAAGUAGCAUACUUGUUUCAGUACUUGUUGAUCGUUAUCAACGUAUUUAUAAUCGACGAAAAUAUUUUCCUGAACAAAUUUUAUCCGUAGUCGAAUCAUCAGAUAAUGAACAUGAAGAAAAACAAGAUUUUAUAAAUACAAGAUUAAGUGGAACAAAAAGAAGUAUAUUUAGUGGAAUACUUGCACCACUAAGACCAGUUCCUUCAGUAACAUCAAUGACUAAAUAUAGAAGAUAUUUUGAUCCUAAAAUAUCAUCGGCUAAUAUUCAAUUUAUUAUAUCAAUUCAAGAUAAUAAAACAAAUAAUAAAUCUACACAACAAACGGCAAACGAACUUAUGAAAGAAUUAACAGAACUCAUUCAAAAUAGUGGAGAACAAAUUUAUUUGAAAUUAACAACUUCGGAAAUAGAUUCUUCAGAUCAUCAAAUACCAACUGAAGUUGAACUCAAUUCCAUACCUGAAGAAUAG